AUGGACUUCCACUUUCAUGUGCCAGCAGACUGUGAUCAAAUCUGUACAAAUACCCAAGGGAGCUAUAGCUGUUCAUGUGUCAGCGGGUAUCAACUGUCUUCUGAUGGAAAAUCCUGCCUGGGUGAGUCCCUUGGUAAAACACUAGUAAUAGUACGAGCUGUAUGCUGUCGGUCAAUAGUUUUCUAUGCAAAUACCCCAGGGAGCUAUAGCUGUUAAUGUAUCAGCGGGUAUCAACUGUCUUUGGAUGGAGCAUCCUGGCUGGGUGAGUCCCUUGGUAACACUAGUAAUAGUAAUAGCUGUAUGUAGGUGGUUAUUGGUAUUCUGGGGCCCCAAGAACAUGCACACGUAUCCGGAUAUUUUUGAAUCCGCAAUUUUUUCUUUGCGGAUUCGGUUUCCGUCCAUACGUAUCCGGGGAAUCCGGCGUACGAAUCCGAAACUUUUUUAAUCCGCCUUCCAAAGUGAGUGGGAUUUUUUGAAUACUCUAUGAAUCCGGAAUCGUGUGGACGCUAAAUCCAGACAUUUCUUUUAUCCGAUGACGUAACAAGAUUGAGCCCAGUUCUUAACCGUGAAUAUUCAAGCACAAAUUAAGUUAUCGCUUCUUUGUUUCUUGGACUUUUUUUCCUGCCUUACAACGUGUAUUCAGUUAAACCUAGCUAUGAUCACUGACACUUCAAUUAUGCCAAAUGGCGACUCGACAUUUUGACGCUUCUUUCCGUGUUGGACGGACGAAUUGGACGUCAUAAACAAAAUAAACGAGCGACCAAGUGCAUGGUGGAACAAUUUUGUCAGCGAAACAGUUAUUGAAGAAUAAUGGCGAGAAAAUUAUCGCACGAGCCGAAGCUGCCUCUUUCACUUCCUAUAUAGGGGCAACUGCUCAGGUUUCGCUGGACAAGUCCGAGCGAUCUAUUCGCCUUAAUGACUUUGUUAUUUACAUGCUUGCUUCGAUCGAAGUUUCUGGACAAUUCUACGCCUAGGUUCCCAUAGGGACGUAGUUAGACCUGACAGGAGUUUGCUUCUUCGAUAUUCGUAGGAGAUGGCACUUGCUGGGGUUUAAUUUCAUUUGCCAUUUCUGGGCCCAUUCUUGAAGUGCUCUUAGAUCUGACUGAAGUUAGGUGGCAUCAUUAUAAGACUCAAUAGUGCUGUAGAUCAAAGUAUCAUCAGCAAACAGACGCAUCCUUCCUCCUAUACAUUAAAAUGUAUAAAAAAUGUAUAAGAAAGAAACAAGAGGGGACCGAGGACUGUCCCCUGGGGGGCUCCUGAUAAAACUGGCACUUCCGGGCAGUUGAACCCAUCAACUACAACAGACUGGCUUCGACACGUAAACCAUUGUGUUUGCUGUUAGCAUUGUAUCAAGACAAUACUCAAAAAAAAUUUAUAGAAGGACAUCUGUGAGCAAGGAAUAUAUCAGCACAGAAUUUAAUUUCGGGGAAUUUCUGUAGUCGUCUAUUGUUUUGCUGGUGAUAAGCUAGCCGCUGAUUCACUCGUCUUGCCUGUUUGUGGACUGAGUGUUAUUCCCCUAAAGAGAGAGAAAGAUUGUCUGGCAAAUUGCUUCCAAUCAAAGAUUUGUGAAUGAUAAACUCGUGUCUGGCAAAGUUAACUCUCCAAGGGUUUAUAUACACAAUUAUACGUGCCUGAUAACUUCAUCCGCGCUUAACGAGUGUCCUUAGGUCCAUACUCUUUCAAAACAGCCGGCUCCACAACAUCAUGAAAGCAAGUGAAGAUGAAAAGGUUCCCUUUACUUCUCUUAAUGAAAGCUUUUAGGGUUGUACAAUACUCUUCGAUAUAAUAAAAAAGGGGGCAAUUUCGAGAGAUUCAAGACUUUUUUUGUGGAGUGGAUGCAUCCAAUGCAAGGCAGAAAUCCCUUCGUUUUUGCAUGCGAUCUGCUUUUCAAUGGUACGGUAAUUUCGAACAACCAGAAAGAAAUCAUGUCACUGUUUUCAAUUUUCUCGAAAUUAAGCUAUUUUCUAGGCCAGAACAAGGGUGACAGGGAUAACUUGUUACGGUCGUAACAAAAUUUGUGAACUUACGCAACAGGACGGCACAGAGGACAGCAACACUUUUGUGUGAGUGACAAACGUGACAGGGCUAUUACUUGCUAAUUUUGUCCCAUAAUCUUAAUUUUGCUUAGCAUCACUGUUCUUGCCUUCUGCGAAAAGAUUUGUCUUUAGGAAGGUGAAGUUUGGCCGAAUUUUUUUUCAAACAAGUAAAAAAUUAUUGUCACGCUUGUCACCUAAGGUUUGCGGUCUCCGGCUUUCCUCCGUAGUCCUUUUGCGAAAGUUCACUCUUCACUACCAAUUUCAAUCAACCACAAACUACAAAGUAAAAGCAAACAGCUGAUAACAUUUUUGUUGUGCGAAGGGCCUAAAGUCUCGCUGAUUUUUCAGACAAUCGUUUUCUGUAUAGGAUAGAGACUAAACAUCUAUCACUGCACUAACUUUAUAGAUAUUGACGAAUGUUUAACAAACAAUGGUGGCUGUAGUCAUUACUGUUACAAUAUUCCUGGAUCAUUUUUCUGUGGAUGCCCUGAGCGGACAACUAUGGCAUCCAACAAUUUGACUUGUGUUGGUAAGUAUGAGUUUUAUAGCCUUCAAACUAGGGAAUGUAUACAAUUACUGACUUGCAGUAUGUUUUUAAAAAGAUAGGGUCGAAUGUGCUUUUUGACUAAUCCUGGAAUUUAUAGACGAGCUUAUGCUUCUUGUUCCUUUAAAUAUUAAGCAAUGAUGAUCUCGAGAGUGCCUCUUGGUCGAGCCCUGUUUGAGAUAAUGGGAUAAACGGCGUUUACCAGGAAUCGGUUCCUACGUUUAAGUUUUUUUCUUUUUUUUUUCUUUUCUUCUCCUUUAUAAUCAAAGCAUAUAAAGCAGGGUAAACCUAGAUUAUCUAAGUAAUAGAUCUAAGUAAAGGUGAGUUUCUUUUUACAACGACUAAGAGGCAUCGUUCCUCGCUUUCAUGAUCUACGAAUCUACACUGAGUAAUAUAUCCGGAUGGCAGGAAAGGCAAUCGACAUAUUAACCACAAUCACAUUCACUUAUUUAUUUUCAAUGAUAAUAAUAAGUGAAUCCAGAUCCUUGAAUUGCAGGAUAAAAUGCACCUUAAAUCUAUGUAGUAAUUUCAAUUGACAUAACAUUAAAAAUAUAUUUUCCCUGUCAAAACUGAAAUUUUUGAACUGCCUAGUGUCUUAUUAUGUAUUUCAGAACCUGGAGCUACAGUUACGUGCGACGAGAACAACAUGACCGUUUCUUUAGAGAAGCAAUCAUUUCCAUUUUUUGAUGCCAACAACCUUCACUUACGCUAUUCUUCCUGCAGGUACAGCCAGUAUAUGAUGGCUCAAAAAUUUAAAACACUUGCUGUCAACAUAAAUGAGUGAUUUUAGUGUGUUAUAUCACGAGGGCCUUUUAUUAUUAAUAUGGCAUUAGCCUUCAAACAUUUUAGUCGUUAGGCGUAAAAAUGCCAAUUUUAAACCGUUAGUCGUGGAAAAGGUUAACCCGCAAUUCCUUUUUUUAUUCUUCAAAAAAAAGUCUGUUAAUAAUAAAAGGAAACCGUAACAACGAGUAAAGCAAUUAACCCUACCGUAAAAAAGAAAAUGUUAACAGUUGACCGUAAACGCCCCUACCCCAUAACGAACAGUCACAGAUCGGGAGUAGAGCCACUUGGAACUACUUUGAGUCCUUGAGUUCGCGAACUGUAAGAUUGAUUCUCCAGAAAUCACCAGGAGUUUCUUAUUGUUUUCUCAAGAAAAUGAAGUUUAAAGCCCAACAGACUUAUGCAACAUUUCCUUUGUAUUUUCUUUACGAAUUAGUGAUGAGUUGUUCUUUUUUUAUUAUGUUUUAUUUGGUCUCUUUUAACUGCAGGGCCACCCAGAAUUCAACCCACGUUUUAAUCAGCACCACUUUGAAUGCCUGUGGAACAUUGGUAAAUGAAACAGAGGAUGCAUUAAUCUUCUGGAAUGAAAUCCGAGUAGAUGCAGUGAUUGUUGACAAUGUCAUCACCCGUACACACGAUAUCAAUCUUCGAUUUCACUGCAGCUAUUCCAGAAAAAGGAUACUAAGUAUUCAAUUUCAGCCGCAACAAAUUUUCAUUGGUUCAGAAGGUGCUUUUUCUCUUUCUUUUAAUUACAUUGCAACUCAGGUAUUAUAUAUCGCUGACCAACUAUAAUAUGUCAUGUAGAUCUUAUUCAUAAGUCCCGACGAAGUCAAUCGAACGUUCCGUAAUCGAACUCAAUCGAACGCCAAUCUUUCGACUGACUUCGAUUAGGUUCGGUAAUUCGAACAUAAUCGAACUCAAAACUUGUUAACACUUACAGUGCACUUCUUGAUAAGGUUAACUUAAGGCGGCAAGUAUAAUGCAUGAAAUUUCUUGUUUCUUUUCAUAUAUUUCAGCAGUUAGAUCAGCCUAGUUCUUGUUGUUAUUAAUCUUCCAGCUUCAGGAUCGCCUGUUCAAAUGGCUAAGAAAGUCCGUUUUAAAGUUUGCUUCCGCAAAGAUUGGAUGAGGUUUUUUAACUGCAGGGAACACCUUGAAAUUAACACAGCCUAUCAGUUUAUUUGAAAUAAAGACCCCUGCAGCCCAGUGAGCCCUAUAUGGCGUCUAGUUUUAAUCAGUUGCCUUGGAUUGAUUUUGAAACCACGUAUGAUCUGCUUGUCUGAUUGGAUCACCAGACGUAGACGUAUAUUUUGGACAAUACAAACGGGAAAACCCUAGUCACCACGCCACAAAUAUAAGAACAGCCUCUUUUAUACACAUAACAGGAAGUUUUUAAGAUAGUUUACCCGGCGGUCGACCCAUUCGCUUUCGCGAAAAGAGCAACAAUUGAGCAGUAAAUCGUUGCCAACCUCUAUCGCAAGUGACUGUGUAAAACCAGUUAUAGAGGAGGCUUUCCAUUGUCCAUCCAUUCCUACAUAUAAACACUUUUUAUUAUUUUUUUUUAGCUGGAUAUGGGAACUUCACUUUCAGAAUGGACUUUUAUAGGACUGCUGCUUUUGCCACACCUUACACUGAAAACGACUACCCAAUAUCUAUUCCUUUAAACGAGUUCCUUUAUGUGAAGUACAGUGUGGAGUCUAGUGCUGACCUGGUGAUAAUGGCUGAAAACUGUAGGACCACCAAAACUGCAUAUUUCUACUCGUUGCCUCAAUAUAACCUAAUACAGAAUGGGUAUGUUUAAAAUAUGUUUGAAGUACCGGAAAAGUAAAACGUUUGAUCGAAUACGUUUACAUUAACACGUCUCUUCACAGCUCGAUCCGGUCCUUCGCAUAGUUAAAGACUUUCGUUAUCGACCAAUUUUAUUAAUGUGCUCUUGCAAAUUUUUCACAGAAGUGAAAAGGUCAAAACCUUCAUAUAUAUCAAUCAUACAAUGUUAUUUACCGUUAAUUAACUGUUCAAACUUCAAGUUUACAAAAUUAAAUUCGUCAUCAAAAAAGGGGUUUCAAGCUUCUGUUGGUUUAUAUGUAUACUGCAUGGUCAUUUGAUCAGUAAUGUAAAACGUUUUGCAUGGAUAAAAGGAUAACUAGUCAGCUAUAAGUCUUAGAGGGGAUUUUAUGGACUUUAAAACCGAACUUAGAAUUAUGGGUACAAUGAAAGUCUUUAGUGGGGGGAGGGGGAGAGAGGAGAAUAUAUAACUAAAUAUAGCGGGCUAACUCUAACAUCGGGACGAGUUAAUUUCAUCCCUAGGUAGAAUUUUUUUAAAAACUCAUUUUUUAACGUGUGAGGUACAGAGACAUCCAUAGUAUUUAAACUAAAAUACAUUUUUGUUUUAUAUUACCCCACUAGUUGCGAGCGAGAUACAACAAUGGAGUACACGUAUAAUCCCUCAGGGAGCUCUCAGCAGUUUAAAAUUAGAUCGUUCAGGUUCUUUAACGACUAUGACGUUGUUUACUUCCACUGCGAGUUGUUGGCUUGUUACAGAUACAGUUUUAAUUCAAGGUAUGUCUAGAUAGCAGACCCUCUAGCUUGUGCUACAAGCCAGGGUUACUCCUAUGCAAGGAAUGUUAGACGGAAUAAUAAAAUUAAACCCCUAACUGAGACCGAUCUGGGUGUGGCUUCAAAGUAUGACCCCGUUUCCUUUUGGUUUUGUUUAUAUUUCUUUACGCUCAACCUUACGUCAUAUCUUUAUAGGGAAAAUUGUUGGCUUUCUACCCGAGCAUUUUAAACUAUGAUAUCAUAAUAAGCAAUUUCUAUCCCUAAGUGAGACGACGAGAGCAUCCGCUUACUUUUAAAGGGGGCUUCAGCGACCCCGGGGUGGUAAAUAGGCGCAGUUCUACUUGAACCGCAUACCACAUUAUUACACACUAAGUUCUUGCGAUUUUCUGGUAGUAUCACAAGCCUGAUACACAGGCAACUUCAUUUGCCCUGCAUUGGUGGUUCAUUACCUAUAACAAAGUAAACCGAAGUAACAUAGCUUGAAAAGACUGGAUCUCCACUAUGCUUUCCUCCAUUCAUCAUUGUGCGCGAAAUUUGCACGUUAACGAGGCCAAGCAAAAGCACAUUAAGACGAUCUGUAAGCCGGAAAUUUUGUUUAUAGAUGCAACAGGGGUUGUUUAAGCAGUAAAAGAAGAAAGAGACGAGACGCAAUUGAGGACGAAAUAAAACAUGAAGAAAGUACAAGAAAACAUAUUCUCUCCAGCGGCCCAAUAAUGAUCGCGGAGACGGAGACGGAAAAACGUGACGAAGGAGGUACGUAUAGAGUCUUCAUAAUAAUGUUCACAAUAAAACUGUGAAAGGUUUGAACCCAGGAGUCAUUUCACAAGUAGGUUGAAUAUGAUCAUCCGCCGCGGGUCAAUGUAGUCCUGGAUAGGACUAUUAAUUGUUUGUUGUUACUACCGCACAGGUUGUCGAAACGUCAGUACUGUUCAGGACUACGUUCACCAGAUAUGAAAAUCAUACUCAACCUACUUAUGAUAUGUUCACAAUAAUUUGUAAGUGAAAGAGGGAAGGUCGGCAACCAAUUCCGCUGAAUUCCAAGUUGCAUCGCUUAGUGUCCUGGCUCUGAGUAGAAGCGAGGCUGGAAGUGACCUUGUUUUGUUACGAACCUUAACCUGCUAUGUGCAAAUCUCAUAUCGUAGCUUAUCGUAUUAUUCUCAUUCGAACAAGCCCGUGAAAACAGGAAGGUUUGUAACAAUUCAAGGUCACCUUUAGCCUCGCUUCUUUUCAAAGGCCAGUGCACUGAGCACACAACUGUAAACUUCAUUGAAGGUCUAAGGACGGUUGGUUAUACAGGGGCACCCAACGAAGAUAUAGUUCAAAACCACUUAACAUAGCAUUGUUGAACGUAUUUUAGUAUUCAAACGGUAGAUAUAGGCAUAUUUUUAUCCCCUAAAAACUUUUCAUCUGUUCGGAUUUCCUAGCUGAAAGUCUAGUGAUCUAAUGGGUAAUUAUACCAUUUUGUAGAUGUUCGAAAAUCCUAGGAGAGGCAGGCAAGCAAGAAAUUUUACAACAAAUGUUCCGAAAAUUCUAGGUCUCAAAUCGUCCUCCGAACAGAUAUUUUCCGAAAAUUACCGUUGGGUGCCCCUGGUUAUAAUUAUGUCGGCUUCUGUACAGAGCCAGGAUCAACCAAUGCCCAAUUUGAAUUCUCAUUUGUCGUCCCUAUUUAUUUCCUACAGAAGUGGUGGGGAGAAGUUAAUAAAAUAUCAUGCAAUCAUGAUCAUGUUCGGGGCUCAUGACCACUCUUAGUAUUUACAAAGCAUUGAUAUUACAAGGAGAAAUUUGAUGAUCACUCUUAAGGCUUAGCGUUAUAGAGGAUUAUUGCACUAAUUGUUUUAGCGGCCAGAUAGCUGGACUUAUUCAAGAUAAAAGAACGAUCUUUUUUUCCUAAUUGUUGGAGUUCGAUAGAGUCUAAAGGCAAAUCAGGUUGAUAGCUUUACGUUUUCUCAUGAGAAACAACCGUUUUAGAUCUAGAAGAGAAUUAUAAUUAUGUCGGGCUUUAUUUAAGGAAGAUUUAAUUCUAACUUAAAAAAGUCCUUCAAUGAUAGUUUUUCCUUCUUUAUUUACGGUUUUAAGACUUAUCUAAUUAUCAAGAUUUAAUUUUUUCUCCGUGGACAGAUACCGAAAAAAGCCAAGACCCUGCAUUGAUCAUUGGUGCAGGAGCCGCUGGAGGAUUUGCCCUGAUUGUUAUCAUAGCCUUGGCUGUUUUAGCCGUUAAGUACCGCAUUGCACGAAGAUUCAUGAACAGGAACAAGGUCGGAGACUUGUACACCACCCAAGAUGAACAGAUGAGUCGAAGAAAUGCCUACAUCCAAGAGGACGACAUGAUCGAAAGGGAAGACUCCUUCUAA